CUGAUUCGCUGCACGUCGUCCCGUCUCCAGCGCCACACCGAGCGGUCGACGGACUUUAUAUCAACUCGCGCUUCCUGAUUACCUGAUCAUCGACUGAUAAGCCGCGCGGGGAAGACUAUAGUUGGACGGAGCAUUGAUGCGACAAUUGCUUUCGUUGUUCUGUCUUGACAAACGACCUGGACUUUUGUGAUCAGCCACCGACCACCACGAGACGUCGCGUGCCUGUCAUCUGCAACAUGGAUUCGCGGCCGGAACCUAAAGACCUGUCCCACCAUCUCAGCAGAGUCACCAAGAAACGCAACGCCAGCGCUAUCAAAGCAUUCUACAAAUACUUUCAAAUUCCUGGUAUCGGCCAGCUCGCAGGCGGAUUGCCAAAUAAUUACUAUUUUCCUUUCGACACUCUCGAGGCGAAAGUCGCGCGUCCAGAUCGCUGGCAGCCAACGCCGAACCGACCAGUCGAUAACCCGGGCGACGAUGAAGCCCUCGCAGCCCUGUCCUUGGAUGACAAGGACAAGGCACGCUCCAAACAAAGCCCCCUGAACCAACCACAAGAUGCCAUCCUGGUGCCGCACGAAUCUCAGCAACCCAAUCCCGUCAAAAAGAUCGACCUGAACACCGCGCUGCAAUACGGCCAAGCGCAAGGCUAUCCGCCAUUAUACUACUUCAUCCGCGAGUUCACGCAGCAGAACCUGCACCCAAACACCCCGUACAAAGGCGGUCCGGAGGUGGUCUUGACAUGCGGCAACACAGAUGGAUGGUCCAAAGUACUCUCGGCGUUCACGAACGAAUGGAGCGAGGAGAAGGACUGGACAAGAGAUCGUGAGGGCUUGUUGGUGGAAGAGUUCGCAUACAUGAAUGCUAUACAAAGUGCCGGGCCAAGAGGCUUGACCGUCACGCCAGUGGCAAUUGAUGACGAAGGUCUGCUGGCUGAAGGACCAGGCGGCCUUCGUGAUGUACUAGAGAAUUGGGAUUACAAGAAGGGGAAGAGGCCGCAUCUGCUGUACACUGUUACUAUGGGGCAGAAUCCAACUUCUGGCGUCCUUUCGCUUGCGCGACGUCGCGAGCUGUACGCAAUCGCCAGCGAGUAUGACAUUCUGAUCAUCGAGGACGAUCCUUACUGGUAUCUGCAAUUCCCUUCAGCAACAACUGUCAACACGACGACCACUGCCGACAGUUCCAAUACCUCGUUCAACCCAGACCAGCCCAUGUUCGCAAAUGCCGAGCCUGUGCCAGAUGGCUGGAAGUCGAGCGGAUAUCCCUUCUUAGAUUCGCUUGUGCCAUCCUUCAUCAACAUCGAUACAGAUGGCCGCGUCCUUCGCCUAGACACCUUUAGCAAGACUGUUGCGCCUGGGUGUAGAUUGGGGUGGAUCACCGGUCAGCCUGCUCUUAUCGAGCGAAUCCUGCGGAUCACAGAAACCAGCACACAACAGCCCUCGGGAUUUGUGCAAGCUAUGAUCUCCGAGCUCAUCCUGGGCCCAGAUCAUGACGGCUUGCAGAAGCCAAAGAAAGAUGGCGGUAAAGGCGGCCUUAAGGACGGCGAGGGCUGGAAAGCCGACGGCUGGGUCCGCUGGCUGGAAGGUCUGCGUGGCAACUACGAGAGGCGAAUGAACAACAUGUCCAAGAUUCUCGAUGCCACCAAGUAUCAGGUCAAGGCCGGCAGACGACCAAGUCUUGUACAGCACGAAGACGAUGAAGACGAAGAUGAGUGGAGCGUUGUCGAACGGACACAAUUGUACUCAUUCGAUUGGCCUGUUGGCGGCAUGUUUGUCUGGCUCAAGAUUCACUUUGAUGAACAUCCACUGUUCAGAGAAUACAAGAAGCGCGGCGAGCUUCAGCGAUUGGGCAGAGCACUCUGGAUAUUCUGGACGACUUCUCCAUACAAAGUCCUAGCCGCUCCAGGAACUAUGUUCUCUCCUACAGAAGAGAUCGCCGAGAAGAAAGGAUGGAAGCAUUUCCGAUUGUGCUUCGCCGCGAUCGACGAGGAGGACCUUGGUGGGGUGACGCAGAGGCUGGCAGACGGUGUUCAUGCCUUUUUCAGGAUCAAAGAUGCGAAAGCAAUUGAGAAGAUCUUGGAGGAAGAUGCGGAUGAGGAGCGAAUUCUGGGCAAGGAAGGUUUGGUCAAUGUGGGUAUGACAGCAACAGGUUGUUAGAAGGCAAAGUGGCAUGCCACUAUGGUCCGGGUACAUACAGACCGAGUGAUAUAUACGAUCGAAAUGAUUGAACGACCGGUGAAUGACAUCCUCACUGUACCACAUCUUUUGCCACCCAAGCUUGGCACCAGCCCA